AUGUCGUCGGGCAUACCGACCACGCCCAACAGCACGCACCUGCGCUCGGGUCUGCCGACGCCAUCAGGAGCAUCGAGACGCAUCUCGCUCGCCGCCAAUUCCGGUCCCAGUCCUGGAUCGGAUAGUCCUGACACUCGAUUCAAAAAGCAAACGCUUGCCGAAGCCAUCUCGAAGAACGAUCCGGCCAAAUAUCGCCUCUCCAAUCCGUCACCUUCGUCUGUCUCCUCUCCCGCCGGCAAGGAGAACAGUGAUGCGGACGACAACUCUCCGCUGCUGACAGCCGGUCGUCUUCCACGCACCUCUUUGUUGUCACGCAAAUCACACACAUCGCUUCGGUCCGACACACCGCCAGUCAGAGCAACACCGCUGCCACAGACUUCGCCAUCUGCCUCCGAUGUUUCGCCAGGCUCCGCCAGCUCGCUGGUCCGUAGCAGAAGCCCAUUCGCAUCGUCCAUUGCCAGCUCAUCGAGAGCAGUAGCCACCCCGAAAAGAUACUCGGAUGUUCAUGGACGCGCCGGCUUCACCCCGUCCGCCAUCAGUAGGACUCCAUCCCAUACCUCAUCCACCACCGCCUCGCGCGCGAGGGAGCACAUUCGACGAGGACGAGAGCUCGAGAUUGGAGAUGUCGUUCGCAUGGAUGGUUCCGAGCUCGUCGGCGUCCUUCGUCACCUCGGGCCUGUCGAUUUCAAGCCUGGUUUCUAUGCAGGUCUCGAGUUGACAGGUGAUAGCGUAGGCAAAGGAAAGAACGACGGUAGCGUACAGGGUACACAGUACUUUGCGUGUGCUCCAGGAAACGGCGUCUUUUGUCCAGCAUCCAAGGUUGUUGCCAUCAACGAUGCUCCUCCAACCGAUGCAGUCGCACGACCUGCCUCCUCCAUGUCCAACAGGCCCUCAUCCCGCGCAUCGGAUGCACCAGAUCGUGCAGGCGCCAUCACACCCUCACGCAGACGAGCGAGCGUCAUUUCACGUCCGCCUUCUGCCACGCCAUCCCGCACGUCUUCGCGCCUCAGCACUCGCCCUCCUUCCGCCGCCUCUGUCAUCAGACCCACAUCCGCGCUAAGCACAUCGCGCCCCGCCAGUCGUCUCACCGCACGCAAGAGUUUAGCUCCUACUCCCACAAGCCGUGUCGAUGAUCAUCCAAGCCUUCCAAAUCCCGCGCAGACCAGCCCGGUUCGUAGUGCUGUACCCACCACGCCGUCGUUGGCUGCAAGAACCCCUCGAUCGUCACUUGCUGGCGUGCGCGCUGCCUCGAGCGUCGUUCAGAACACUCCCGUCCUUGCCAAGAAGCGGCAAAGCCUCGGCGGCAUUCCGACGCCUCGGGCCACUAAGGGUCGUGCUUCUAUGUUUGCUCGCCCCGGUGGCCUUCCAACCUCCUCUGACGCCAGCAUGCCUCCGCCUCCGAGUCCCAGCAAAGAUGCACGCACAGAGCGCGCAUCCAGCGUGCUCUCUUUCCAUUCCAACAGCAGACUCGGUCGUGACGCCUCGGAUGUCGAGAGCUCGCCCGUCUCCAAGCCAGAGCCCACUUCCAGCGACUCAAAUCUCGAGAAGAAUCGCGCUGCGCUUCUCGACCUUAUGGAUCUCACACCGCGCAAAUCGGCACAGCUUGCUUCCCGCUCCCAAUCCAGGGCAGAAAGUCGUGCAGGUGCCCGCGAUGGAGAUCUGACGCACGACUCUGUCGCUGAAGCUGUCGUGCCGCUAUCCCUCUACGAAGAGCAAGUGACUGAGUUCGAGCAGCUGCGCAGCCAGAUGGCAGCCCUCGAAAGGCAGAACGCCGAGCUUCGUCGGGCUCAAGAAGCUCGCAAGGCGCGUGCCUCUGAGGCACGUUCCAACGAGGCUGUCUUAGAGGCCGAACGAGCAAAGAUGCGAGCGCAAGCACGCGAUAGGCAAGCAGAGAUGGAGGAGGAACGUCGCAUCGAACGCAGCGACGAAAUUCGUCGACGCAAGGAGAUCGAGGAUCGCGAAAAGGAGCUCAGAGAGAAGCUUCUAGAGGCGCAGCAGCAGCUCAGCAAGAGCAUUGACGAGCACGAUCGCCACCGCAAGGAAGCCGAAAGCCGCUCGAAGAAUCUGCAGCUCAAGUUGGAAGCCAGCGAGCAGCUCGUUGCAGAAAUGAAGGAUCGCGUUCAACACCAAUCAGCGCUCGAACAACGCGGCGAGACCAAGGAAGCCUUCGAGACACAGCUUAAACUCAAGGACGCCGAGAUCAACAGUCUCAAGGCGUCGCUGAAGAGCACCGAGGAUCAGGCACAGACGGCUCGAACCGAUUUGGUGCGCCAGAUUGACGAGCUCAAGGAUGCCGGCCGCGAGACCAUCAGCCUGUAUGAGCAGAGGAUCGAAGAGAUCGAAGCCGAGCGGAUCCAGGUCCUGGACAACAUGCAGCUGCUCCAGGACAAGGCUCAAGAGGCGAUCCGCGCUGCCGAGGCGCGUGUCGAAGAAUUACAAGCUUCUUCGAAAUUGUCGCAGAGUCGCAAUGGCUUUGAGGUUGGUUCGGCCGCAGCGAUCGACAACGAAGCUUUGCGAGAGCAGGUGGCCCAUCUUCAGGACAAGCUCGGCAAGUACGAAGACCAGAUCUCUGAGGGUGCACUUGCGCUCGAGAAGGAGAAGGAGUACGCGCAAAAGAGGCGCGACAAGUCGCACGAGGUCGAGACCAGCUUGAAGAACGAGCUGAAGCGCAUGCGAGCGGAGCUAGAAAGGGUACAAAGAGCUGGUAAGGAGCAGCUCGUGCUGCUCGAAGAGACAAGGCACGCGCUGCGCGAAAGUCAGCAGGCACUAGAAAGCGAACGCGCCGAGCUGGAAGGCUUGCGCGCUGACGCCGAGAACUUCAAUGCGCUCAAGACCGGCCACGAGGGGAGCUCCGCCUCCGCCGGUCAAGCGCAGUGGGCCAGCGAGAGACGACAACUCGAGGCCAAGCUCGAGCAACAGCGGACGUCGACGGACGCAGAACUCGAGGCGCGGGAUGCCGAGAUCCGACGAUUGCAAUCCCACUUGGACGCAAGCUCCCCUGUCGACAAGCGGGAUGCACGAGGCUCGUCCACCGGCUCGAAUGGCACUUCGUCAGCCAACGAAAUGUCUGGUCUCAGCUACCUGGUGCGUCAGCUGGGCGACGAAAACAUUGACAUGAAGGCCAAGCACAAGCUUCUCGAGUCUGACCUCAAGGCACGCACCCAGGAGGCGGAGACCAGGUCGCGCGCCUUGCAGCUGACCGUCGAGUCGCUCAAGAAGCAACUCGAGGCGCACGAAGGGGUGUCAGGUGCAGCAGACACUUCGGACCUGGCCAAAAAGCUUGCCGACCGGGAGGCACGGCUGGAGAGCAGCGAGAGCCGUCUGGCCGACUUGCAAUCCAUGCUAGCGGUCACCAAGAUGGACAGGUUCGAUACCACGGACUCGUUGCAGAAAGAGGUCUCGCAGCUCGAGACGCUCGUCGAGGCGCGCAUCUUCCGAGAGGAAGAGCUGAUGGCCGAAGUUGAGCGACUCUCGCGACGUUUGGACGAGCGCAGUCCCGCCAAGCAGUCGAAAGCUGUGGCAGCUGAGAAAGAGGUCGCCAGUGUCAAGGCUCACGCCUCAGCGACGCAGCCGCCAGGAAAGACGCCAAUGAAGGAGGAGGAGGAGGACGACGAGCUCGACUUUUGUGGACUCUGCUCGCAACGCGGACAUACUCUGGAAAAGUGCGACAAGCUCAUGGAAAGGACGGAUUCAGGAGCGCAGAGCACACGCAGCGCUUCGGGAGCGCAAGGGGAGCAAGAGCCCUGCGAUGAUUGCGGCGAAUUAGGUCAUUCCUUUGACGAGUGCCCUUAUGCAGCCGAGAUCUUUUGA